AUGUCAUCAAUUCCAUCAAUUAUCCAAUCUAAAAGACCUUCAAAGUCCCCAGAAACUGAUUAUUCAACAUUAUCAAACUAUAAAAAUUUUCAAGUUAAAAACUCAAACUUAGAUAUUGAAUUGUUAUUUAAUGAGCAAAGAAUUAUUGGUACUGUUAAAUAUAAACUAUUAUCAUUAACCUCAGCUUCCAAGAUCAUUCUUGAUUCAAGUUUUAUUAAGGUUAAUUCAAUUAAAGUUGAUUCAAAUGAAGCAACUUUCAAAAUUAAUCCAAGAUCAGAACCAUUAGGUUCAUCUUUAGAAAUUGAUCAUGAAUACUCUUCCAAUAGUUCGUUUGAAUUAAGUGUUGAUUUCGAAACAACUAAACAAUCUACUGCAUUACAAUGGUUGAAAACUGACCCAUCAACAAAAGAAUCUUCAGAUUAUGUCUUUACUCAAUUAGAACCUAUUCAUGCACGUUCAUUAUUCCCAUGUUUUGAUACACCAUCUGUUAAAUCCACUUUCAACACAACAAUUAAAUCAUCACAUCCAGUUGUGUUUUCCGGUUUACCAAUUUCAUCAAAUGAUUCAAACAUUUAUAAAUUUGAACAAAAAAUCCCAAUCCCAUCAUACUUAGUUGCAAUUGCUUCAGGAAACAUCGUUAGUGCUAAAGGUGGACCAAGAUCCACUAUCUAUGCCGAACCAUUCCGCUUGAAAGAUUCAGUUGAUGAAUUUUCUGAAGAUUUAGAAAAAUUUAUCAAAAUUGCUGAAAAAAUUGUUACACCAUACAUUUGGACAACAUAUGAUAUUUUAAUCAAUCCAUCAUCAUUCCCAUAUGGAGGGAUGGAGAAUCCAAACAUUACAUUUGUUACACCAACUUUAAUCUCUUAUGAUAAAUCCCAAGUUGAUGUUAUUGCUCAUGAAUUGGCACACAGUUGGAGUGGUAAUAAUGUUACAAAUGCAUCAUGGGAACAUUUUUGGUUGAAUGAAGGGUGGACCGUUUAUUUGGAGAGAAGAAUCACAGGGGAAUUACAUGGUGAACAAUUUAGACAAUUUAGUUUUAUUCAAGGUUGGAAUGAUUUAAUCAAUUCAAUUGAAGCAUUACCAAAAUUUGAAUAUUCAAGAUUAGUUCAAGAUUUACAAAAGGGUAAAAUUGAUCCAGAUGAUACAUUUUCAUCAGUUCCAUAUGAGAAAGGUUCAAAUUUCAUUUAUCAUUUAGAGACUAAAUUAGGUGGAUUAGAAAAAUUUGAUCCUUUUAUUAAAUUUUAUUUUAACAAAUUUCAACAAAAAUCAAUAGAUACUUAUCAAUUUAUUGAUUCAUUAUAUGAAUUUUAUGGCAAUGAUCAAUCCCAAAUUGAUGUUUUAAAUUCAAUUGAUUGGGAAUUAUGGUUAUAUACACCAGGUUUACCACCAAAGGCUGACUUUGAUACAACUUUAGUGGAUAAUGUUUCAUCAUUAGUUUCAAAAUGGAUUUCCAAGGCAACUGAGCUUAAAACAUUGGAAGAAUUUCAAGAAUUUUUCCAAUCUGAAAAGCAAAUUUCCAUUUAUAACGAUUUUUCAUCACCACAAAAAAUUUUAUUUAUUGAUUCAUUAAUUGAAUCAUCACCAACUGAUAAAUUUUGGUUAGAAAAUUCAAUUGCAUCAGAUUCAUUAAUUUCAAUUUAUAAAGAUUUACAAACUUCCAAAAACACUGAAAUUAUCUUCCGUUGGUUUAAAUUUAAAUUGAUUAGUGGUAAGACUCAAUAUUAUAAAGAUUUAUCAAAUUGGUUAGGUACAGUUGGAAGAAUGAAAUAUGUUCGUCCAAGUUACAAAUUGUUGAAUAAAGUUGAUCAUGAAUUAGCUAUUGCCACUUUCAAGAAAUGGGAAAGUACUUAUCAUCCAAUUGCUGCUAAUUUAGUUAAAAAGGAUUUAGGAUUAGAAUAA